CAAUAAGCGCGCGCGCGCGUGUGCAGGUUGCGUCUCGCGGUGCGGCCGAGCGCGCGCACGUUCGGUCGGUGACGUGCGCCCGCGGAGGUUAGGUUAUGUCUCCUGGCCCCUGGUGUGUGUAUUUUGAAAAAUCCGCGGCCGAACUGGCUCGACCGUCCGUACGCGCGUUUCCCGUGUGCUCGCGCGAGCCGAGCCGAGCCGCGGCGGGGGGUGACGUAAGCGCGGGGACCGAGUGAGGCGAGUCAUGUGCGAAUUUAAAGCAUGGUCGUCACGCAACGCAAGAUGAAGCAGGUCGCGAUCUUCGCAGUUUGCGCGCUGCUGGUUCUGGGCUUUUACAAGACUCUGGUGACCACGGAGGAGGAGCGAUCUUUUAAUCGUGGUCGACACCGCGCCGUACUCGGCGGGAACAAAGCUAGCUUAGGCGACAAGAACGACCUCGCCGAGGUCGCGACGCACAAGACCCGCGAUGCCGAGGACGAGCCGUCAGACGGGGACAUCAGAAACAUCGAGGAGGCGAGGGUCCGGAUCCGCGAGCUGGAGGGCAAGCUGCAGCAUCUGGAGGCGGCGAUUAAGAAUGGCGUGGCGAAGGACUUCCCGACGGUCAAGUUCCUCAACUACAAGAACCGGAAGCGUAUACUGGUGACUGGCGGCGCGGGUUUUGUCGGCUCCCAUCUGGUGGAUCGUCUGAUGCUCGCCGGCCACGAGGUGAUAGUCGUCGACAAUUUCUUCACCGGCAGAAAGCGGAACGUCGAGCACUGGGUCGGCCACGAGAACUUCGAGCUGGUGCAUCACGACAUCGUGAGGCCGCUGUACCUGGAGGUCGACGAGAUCUAUCACCUCGCCAGCCCGGCCAGCCCGCCGCACUAUAUGCUGAAUCCCGUGAAAACGAUCAAGACCAAUACCCUGGGCACUAUAAAUAUGCUCGGACUCGCCAAACGAGUCGGCGCACGAGUGCUAAUCGCGAGCACGUCGGAAGUGUACGGGGAUCCCAACGAACAUCCGCAGGCAGAGACUUACUGGGGUCACGUGAAUCCCAUCGGUCCGCGAGCGUGCUAUGACGAGGGAAAACGGGUCGCCGAGACGUUGAGCUACGCUUACAUGAGACAGGAAGGCGUUUCGGUGCGGGUCGCACGAAUUUUCAACACCUUCGGCCCCAGAAUGCACAUAAACGACGGCCGCGUUGUGUCCAACUUCAUCCUCCAGGCUUUACAAAAUGAUUCGAUCACGAUUUACGGCAGUGGAAAACAAACACGAUCGUUUCAAUACGUUUCCGAUCUGGUGGACGGGUUGAUCGCACUAAUGGCGUCUAAUUACACCCUACCUGUGAACAUUGGAAAUCCUGUGGAGCAUACGAUCGAAAAAUUCGCGCGUAUAAUAAAGGACUUAGUGGGUGCUACCAGUGAGAUAGUUGAACUCGCGGCGGUCGAGGAUGACCCGCAGAGAAGAAGACCGGACAUUAGCAGAGCCAAAAAAUAUUUAAACUGGGAGCCCAAGGUUCCUUUAGCCGAAGGCCUGAAGAAAACCAUAGUGUAUUUCGCGAAGGAAUUGCAACGGACAAGGCAUUCUCAAAAGAGCAGUUUCAAACAGUCUUCUUACAAAAACGAUCACGAUAUUGUAGAACAACUCUAGAAAUUCAAGUGUAACGAUACGUUUAUGUAUCCACUUUCAGAAGUGGCGUGAAAGUGCCAUUAAGCUAUGGACCAGUAUGUGCCAAAAAAUCCCCGUCCAAUUUGAAUUUUAGAUAAUUUAUGUAGCAAUCAACAGACAUAUACAUACAGGGUGUCAAAUUCUUUUGUGAUCAUUCCAAAAA